GUUUAAAUACACUGCGGCCCCUCCCCCACUGCCAUACAAAAGUGAGCAAGUUUGUUUUAAAAAAAAUCAAGAAAAAAAAUUUAAACACUUGUUUUUGUAUUUGCGCGCCUGCUUUGCAAAAGCAGUUACACAAAGCGGACAUCGUUGCGAUUACAAGAGGACCGUCCACACAUUGAAUAUCGCCUGCAAAAGAUCUAGAUUUUAACUUCUAGAUCGUGUGGCCCUUCCCUUUCCUGUGUUUCUUCAUUGGUCAUCGUCCACCUUUUUCACCCUUUCAUACUUUGUAAGAAGUCUGCGGAGAAGGGAUGGCAGCGUUUGUCGCUAAACAGAUGGUGGGCAGCAAGCUCAACGCUGUCAAAGGUGCCGUAGGCACUGAGGAAGAGGGAACCACGGAGGACAAGAAUGCGGAGGAUGAGGAGGAACAGGAACGAUUGGAGGCCCUUCGGGAGGCCGAGGAGCGGAGGAAGGAGAAACAUCGCAAGAUGGAGGAGGAAAGAGAAAAAAUGAGGCAGGAGAUUAGGGACAAGUAUGGAAUUAAAAAAAAGGAAGAAGUACAGCAAGAAGAUCCCUUUGCAGACAUGGAGGGGAGUAGCCUCAACCGGAAACGGAAGACACCGGCCGAAUUGGCCGCUGAGGCAGAAGCAGAAGAUCAAGAUGAAUUCACAAAGCUGAAGAACACGCUGGAAACACAAGUUAGCGAAUUGAAGUCCACUAUUGAAGGGAAAUGUCUCCUCCAAUGAAAGACGCCCUCUUAUUCGCAAAAACCCUCUUCCCUUGCAAAAUAAUUUAUUUCCA